UCAGUGGCUUUAACUCUGUUAAGUCGUUCAUUUUCCUGGCUGAUUCAGGCAACCCAUUCCAUUCUGUAAUGGCACUAGGGAAGGAGGAGCACUUGUACGAAUUAUUCCUAGCAUAUUGAAUUAAAAAUGUUCCUCUAUCUUUGUGAUUUGUAAUGGUCAGUACAGAAGAAGAUCUAGACUUAGAUCUAGUUUCCUAUCUUGAAUGUUAUUGCCAUGUUUGGCAACCUGUUCAGUGAAAAUGUUCCACUACAACAAAGUGGUGUACAGGGCCCUGUCUUAUCUAUACCAUCACCCCCUGGACCCAGGCUGCAAUGUGGUUUAGCAGGCAUUGAUAAUCAAGGUUCUACAUGCUACCUAAAUUCUCUACUGCAGACAUUGUUUUUGACACCUGAAUUUAGAGAUAGACUGUUCAGUUUAUCUGAUACAGAACUUGGAUGUCUGAAUAAUACAAAUAAUCCCAGUUGUAGAGUACGUGUGAUACCAUUGCAGUUGCAGCGCAUUUUUUCACAAUUACUGUUAAGUGACCAACAGAGUGUCAGUACUACAGAUCUUACCAAUAGUUUUGGUUGGACGAAUCGUGAAGAAUUCCAGCAGCAUGAUGUACAGGAGCUGAACAGAAUUUUAUUUAGUGCCAUAGAAGAGUCUUUAGUGGGUACUACAGGACAAAAUAUUCUUAACGAGCUCUAUCAUGGGACUAUUGUUAAUCAGAUCACGUGCACCAAAUGUAAAAAGAUCAGUGGGCGUGAGGAAGACUUCUUAGAUUUAACAUUGGCAGUUGCAGGACAACCUGGUCUUGAAGCAGCUUUAAGACAGUGUUACUGUGAAGUAGAAAAAAUGGAUGGGAAGAAUCAGUACAAAUGUGAAACUUGCCAAGCAUACACUGAUGCCACCAAGGGAGCUAAACUGAGAAACCUUCCUCCAGUGUUAACCCUUUCUUUGCUGAGAUUCAGCUAUGAUCUAACAAAAAUGACAAGAUACAAAGAGAAUGGUAGGUUCACAUUUCCAUUUGAUCUUGAUAUGUCACCCUACUCUGAGAAGGGAUCUGUUGGUGACCCAGAUUGCCAGUAUGAGCUUUUUUCAGUUGUAGUUCAUAGAGGCAGUGCAUUUGGUGGUCAUUACUUUGCUUACAUCAGGGAUAUUGACAACAUUGGUCAUUGGACUCCACCAGAAACAAGUCCUAAAGUUGACCCAAACACCACUGGCCUAGAUGUAAUAGAGUGUCAGUCUCCAGUUGAUUUGAUAGAAAACAUACUUAGCAAAGUAUCUCAUGGUUGUAUGUCAGUGGACAAACUGUGCUCUGAAAUAACAAAAGUUACUGGAGUUUCAUGGAGUAAACAUUUUAGAAAAACUCAUGGUCCAAUCAAUAAGUUCUUAAAAUCAUGUGACUCAUUUGUUUACAAUCCUGACUCUAACUGGGUAAGCCUGCGGGUAUCUGGAGGUCCAAAAGAGGAUCGACAAAAAGAAGUCAGUGGUUCUACACCUGUGACAGAUUGUACCCUACCAGUGCCUAACAACAACAUUAGAUCCAUUAAAAAGAAUCUAGAUGACACUCCUGAUGAAGGUUAUCAUUGGUUUUCUUUUAAUGAUUCUUCUGUUUGCCCUGUGUUUACAAGAGACAUAGAGAAACAGUUCUCAGGCAAAGAAAGUGCUUACAUGUUGUUUUACAGGAAAAAAAGUUUAUGCCGACCUAAAGAAGCUCAAGGCUCAGCCUCUUACAAUAUACCAUUUCACUUAAUUAAAGAAGUGGAAGAUCUGAAUGCAGCCUUAGAGAAAGAGAGACAGAACUAUGAUAUAGCUGUGAAUAAAAUCUGUGUAAAAGUAUUUUUAUGCACAUCUUUUAUCAAGACUGAUCUGCUUCAGUUGAAACCUGACAUCACAACAGAGUCUGCUAUGAAUAUCAUUGAAAUAGACAGAAGGAAGGCAUUUCAAGAAUUAAGGCUGCUUAUACACAAACUUGUCGAACAGUUUGAUGUCAGUGAGUUUUCUGUGUAUAGAAUGAAACCUAGGUGUGGAGGAUUUCACCUGUAUGAAGAGCUUAAAGAUGAAGAAAGGAUCCUUCAAAGUCUAGAUAUAACUUCAAGCACACAUCUCUUUGUCAAGUUCUCUGAUGGACAGCUGAAAGAAAACUUGGAAGAAAUUGGUGAACACUGUGAGCCUGUUCAAUUUCUUGUCAAGAACAAUGAGGAUGAUGUGAUGGCUUGUGUUACUCUGGCUAAAAACAAAAGCCCAGCAGAGUUGUAUCAGCUGGUAACUAACAAUGUAGACCUGCCAGUGCAUCUUUUACAGAAAACUGGCUGCAAACAGAUUGAGACCAUACCGAACUCAUCAGAUACUACAAUUGAUGCACUGGGACUUAAAGAUGGAGAUAUUCUAGUUAUUGUUCAAUUGGACAGUAAUGAGAGUAAGCCUUCUGGUGAGACAAAAAUUGAAACUGUCAUCAGUUCAGAUAGUCCAAAUGUUGACCCUGAUUGGUCAAUGACUCUACAAAGUCGACUUUAUGAGAGCACGAGUCACACUUGCAAGACAAUCAAGUUCCAGUCUAGAUCCACAUCAACAAUUAAAGAAGUCAAACUACGAGCUAUGCACUUGUUAAAUUUGGAGAAUGUUUCUUUUGAUACAGUGAGGUUAAGAGAAGACCACAAGACCCUGGGACUACAGCCACCUUUAAGAGAAGGGCUGACAGUGGUUGAUGCUGGUCUAACCAAUGAUGUCUGUUUAGUGUUAGAGAGUGGAAGAAGUCCACAGGAUUUUGAGAUGACAGUGACUGUGAAUAAAAUGAUGAAUGGUAAACUGGUAUGCAAGAAAGAAUUCCUUGUAGACAGACAACUCUCUGUGAUGGGAAUGUUGCAGGCAGCUUGUAAACUUAUGGACUGUGGGAACAGCCAAUGGUAUUUGAGUAAAACUGAUAUGUAUGGGGACUCAGUGGAGCCUUUAGAUGAUCCGACCGUGACUCUGAUGGAGGCACUUAUCAAUGAUGGGGAUACUUUGGUUUUACAACAGGGUACUCUCAUCAAGAAGGACCAGAUAGCAUUAACCCUCUGGCUAGCACCCACUGUCCCGACACAGUCACAGAUAGAUGGACUGAAUGGAUCAGGGGACAUACUUCACAGGCGAGAGGAAGAAGACAAAGUGAUGUUGGAACUAGCUGCCAAAUUAUCUCUCAGUGACCAAAAGGAAGUGAAUCUUCUAAUGGACUGUCUUUGUCCAAAUAACAUGGAGCCUUUGUAUGAAUCACUGGUGAUCAACAAAAGUAUGGGCGUGGAUGAGUUGAAACAAGCUCUGAUGGACUUGGACAGUUUUAAAACAAUGAGGAUCCCAACAUGUCACUUCAUGAGGCUGAGACAGCUGGACACAGUCAGACUGCGGGGGGUGCUCAGAUCGAACUCUCUGUUAUUCAAGCAUGCAGGUCUAAGGGAGACAAUUCCUUUAGCUGUACAGAUUUUGAAUUCUGAAGAAACUCUUGGUGUCCAUGAAGUGUUGUUAUUGAUAGCACAAAAAAUUGGCAGCACAAGAAUUUAUAUGCCACCACGUGAAUUGAUCUGGAACACAUCUGGAGGCAUGGGAGCUGGAGAUCUGAAAAGAGCCAUUGCUACACGCCUGUCACUGCCAUUGCAUGAUGUUGCCAUUGCCAAGUAUAAUCCAGAGACCUUCACCUGGAGUGUCCUGAAAGACCAACCUCAGAAAGUAGGAAAAAAUAAAGGUAAAAAGAAAAGUUCUGGCCAUAAGACAAACAUUAAACAAGCUCCUUACUAUGUCCAAGAUGGGGACCUUAUUGGUGUCAAGAUCCUUUCAUUAGACAAAGGUAUCCUAGAGGUGGAUGACUUCUCAACACAGGAGGAUCUCAACCAUCUCCAGCAACUCAAACUGAUAGCAGAGGAAAAGAAACGAAUAGAAGAAAAAAAGUUGGACUCCCAGGAUUGUUUCACUGCUCCUCGAAGGCAGGAAGUUCCUUUAACAAUCAAAGUCGACAAAUUUUCUUGAGGAAGAAUUUCUUUAGAUCAUUUUUUUUAAUUCUUAAACAUGUUGAAGCUUUUAAAUAAUCAAUUAAAAUUCAUGUUUAUAAAAAUACCUGUUUUAAAAUACCUGUUUUAAAAAUACAUGCUUAAGAAUGUAUAUGUAUACUAACAAGAGAUGUGUUAUUGUUUUCUCAGGGUGUCUUCAUGUUUAAACAGCGAUCUGGCACUUUUUAUGUUCCUAUUGUUUCCUUUGUGUUCCCAUGAGUGGUUUGUGAUAUGCACAGUGGGAUAGACUGUUUUUUAAAUGUGUCAGUUGGAUGUUAGUGUGUGCACUUUUUACAUUUCUCUGAAUCCUCAUUUGCCCAAGGUGCAUUAGAGUGAAAUACACAAUUUUUUGGUUUAGAAAUUAUAGUUGAUAGGGGCCAGAAAUGAAGUAACACUUAAAAUGUUCAGAUUCACCAGUGAUUUAAGUCUCAUUGGUAUAAAAGAACAUAAAAUAAUAACAAAAAAUUAUUUAAAAUGAAAUGAUCUGAAGCAAUUUUUUCGUAAUCUUUAAAACAAAUUUAUACAUUCAAACAUUUGUCAUUUGUUUAACUCCACAUUAAUCAGUGCUUAGUUUAAAGUUUAACUCUACAGUAAUCAGCGCUUGGUCUUGUUUUAUCAGAUACAUGGUAAUAUGGGGGGGGGGGGGGGUAUCUGACAUGUUUGCUCUCAAUUUUCGUUUCUUUACAAGUUCUUCAAGCAAAUGUUCUCCCAAAAGUUUACUAUAUUUUCUUAAGGCAAUCCAUUGUGUUAAAAAUGAGGCCAGCUUUUUUAAAAAAUUUAUUAGUUUCUUUGAUGCUAUUCUUAAAAUCUCAAUACAGCGGUGUUUGCUUUCCAGUGACUUACUAACUGGAAUAUUACUAAGUGACUGGAAAGCAAAAAUCACUGUAUUGAGAUUUUAAGAAUAGCAUCAAAGGAUGAAGGAUGUAGAGAUGUCAUGGAAACCUGAAUCAUAAAUAAACUAAAUGUAUUACACAGCACUAGCAUGGUAGUGUAAACCUAUCAUUCUUUUCCUUGUAUGGUUUCAAACCUGAAGGUUUUGUUGUUAGCUUCUUGUUACUCAUGAAUUGGCUGAGUUUUUUUUUUUUCU